AUGAAACCAAUAGAACUCAAAACUCCUCCCGAGCAAACGCAGACGAUCACGAGGACUAUUUUCAACAUCUUGAAGGAACAUGGUCCACUAACCAUUGCAGACACCUGGGAGCAUGUUAAGGAUGUCGGGUUGAAAGGUCUCACGAGCAAGCGGCACAUGAAAAUAGUGAUGAGAUGGAUGCGGGAGAGGCAAAAACUACGGCAAAUAUGCAAUCAUGUGGGGCCCAACAAGCAAUUUCUGUACACAACAUGGUUCACAAAACCUGAUGUGAAGCAAACAAGGCCUGGAACUGGACAUGGACCAAAUGCUUCAACUCCAAAGUCAUGA